AAUGCGUUAAAGUAAUGCUUUAAGGUUAUGCGUUAAGGUUAUGUGUUAAGGUAAUGCGUUAAAGUAAUGCUUUAAGGUUAUGUGUUAAGGUAAUGGUAUGAACGGCCCAAGGAUCACAAAUAGCAGUGACCAUAGCCCGUGUCCCCCGGAGAGGGCACACGGGUUCGGGAGCCAUUACUUGUGACGUAAACUAGCUCGUUAACGGCUGUUUUAACUCAGACUGCGGUAGCGGCGGCGUGUAAAAGUCGGAAGUAAAUGACCGACAGUGACCUCCUGGCCAAAACGUGUUGAGGCGGAUAGGUCUUUACACCUUUUGUCAACUAAAUAAAAGGCGCACAUUAUUGGUACUAAGAGCGAAGAAAUAUUUUAUACUCGAGCAAUUUCGUUAAAAAAAUUAAUAAUUAACGAGGGUGCGCAGGGUUGUAUUUUAUCGUACGAGCUAGAUAGAGACAGCAGCUCUUUGUCUCGUUUCGGUUAGUUUAGUUAAUUUAGUCUGAUAUCUGAAGUAGCUAGACAACUGCGACAAUGGAUAAAGCAAAAUCAAUUAUCGGGAAAAAAGGGUCAGGAUCUUGUCAUGCCAACGCACUUCAGAGGGAGUUUCAUUCCCAGGCUAACAUCGGUGGCUGUAACGCAUACAAAUCAAGUGGAAACUGUAGUGGUGACAGUAGCAAUAUUGAACACUUCAAUCACCUGCAGCCCGAUCACGUCGAAGCCAAUGGGUCAUCUCCUGCGAAAAGAUGCCGGUUACGAAGAAGAGUUGAGUCGGUGAAGAGAAACAGACCACCCUUCCCCUGGUUUGGGAUGGACAUCGGCGGUACUCUGGUGAAGCUGGUCUACUUCGAGCCUAAGGACAUCACGGCGGAGGAGGAACAGGAAGAGGUGGAAAACCUGAAGAGCAUCCGCCGCUACUUGACCUCCAACACGGCGUACGGGAAGACGGGCGUCCGAGACGUUCACCUGGAACUGAAGAACCUGACCAUGUGCGGCCGGACGGGCAACCUGCACUUCAUCCGCUUCCCCACGCAGGCCAUGCAUCGCUUCAUCCAGAUGGGCAGCGACAAGAACUUCUCCAGCCUUCACACCACGCUCUGCGCCACGGGCGGAGGGGCCUACAAGUUCGAGAACGACUUCAGAACGAUGGCUGAUUUAGAGCUGUUGAAGCUGGAUGAGCUUGACUGUCUGAUUCACGGCCUGCUCUAUGUGGACUCCGUGAGGUUCAACGGCCACCCCGAGUGCUUCUACUUUGAGAACCCGUCAGACACCCAGAACAGUGUGAAGACACCGUGCAGUCUGGCCGACCCGUUCCCUAUGCUGCUGGUCAACAUUGGAUCUGGGGUUAGCAUCCUGGCUGUGUACUCCAAAGACUACUACAAACGGGUCACUGGCACAAGUCUUGGUGGGGGUACGUUCCUGGGCCUGUGCUGCCUGCUGACUGGGUGUGAGACAUUUGAAGAGGCUCUGGAUAUGGCUAGCAGAGGCGACAGCAGCAAUGUGGACAAGCUGGUGAGGGAUAUCUACGGAGGAGACUAUGAGCGUUUCAGUCUCCAAGGAUCUGCUGUAGCCUCCAGCUUUGGCCACAUGAUGAGUAAACAGAAACGAGACUCCGUCAGCAAAGAGGACCUGGCCCGGGCUAUGCUGGUCACCAUCACCAAUAACAUCGGUUCCAUUGCACGCAUGUGUGCCGUCAACGAGAAAAUCGAGAGAGUUGUGUUUGUUGGGAAUUUCUUACGGAUCAACACCGUGUCUACUAAGCUGCUGGCCUACGCCAUGGACUUCUGGUCCAAGGGACAACUGAAGGCCCUGUUCCUAGAACACGAGGGAUAUUUUGGCGCGGUUGGGGCAUUCCUGGAGCUGCUAAAGUCGUCUGAGGAGCCAUGAUGAUAUGCCAAUGUCAUCCCUCAAGAAGCUGCCGAGAAGCCGCCACAGGAAACUGGAAAAAGCCAUUUAAUAAUUUAACUCUAAAUAUCUUUGAACUAUAUCUCUAAAAUCCCCUCAAAUAGAGGUUUUAUUAAUAAAGCUAAUGUAAUGCCUCAUGUCAUGAACCCUGUGUGGCAGGUAAUUGCUAAGGGUCACAGAGACUGUUAGUUUCUUGGUACUGUGUGUAAAUAUCUAUUCUCGUAGUUCUAGAGUGCACUAAAGCCAAAACCUGCUGAGAUUUUACCUGUGUGACAGGAGUCUGCAGUCUUCGGUAUAGAGGAAAGGGAGUUUCUCUCAACAUAUGAAUAUUGCCUUGUCUGCUGCUGUUCUGUCCAUUGUGAAAAAGGCCAACGGGGGAGGGGGGUAGUUCUAUUUGUAUCAAAUGAAGGGACCAAAGAGGCUGAUUCAUCAUAAUUGACUGGCCCUUUUAAUUCAGCAUGUCACAACGAGGGUCUACUCUCCUGUUGCUUGUGGCACAUUCAUCAUAGCUUUAUUAACACAUCACAGUUAACAGAUAUGUAGUGUUAUAGACCCUUGGUUCACCAGCCUCCUCAAACUCUAGUCUCUUUUAGUGAUGAAGUUCUGUUGGUACGUCUGUCAGGUUAAGAUAUAUGUUAUGAAUCUUGAUACUUUGGUUAUUUUGAGAUGCUGCACUACGAGUCCAGUACAAGUAUCCACUUCUGUUUAUUUCACACUUGCCUAUCUCACUAAUAAAGUGUGCCCUAUCUUCUCCAAACCCCGGACCAUAACGACACCCCUCUACAGCCAGUGGUGAUGUAAAAUCGUCUAGUGUUUUGAAUUGCCUAGUAAGGACUGUUUUGUGGUGUUUUAUCUAACGUAGUUGUAAGAAAGGUACAUAACUACUGGCAGCAGUUUGUCUACAUAGUGAUUUUUUUUAAAAAGUAUUUUAUCUUAUGUCGGUGUGGGAGUUCCUCACCCAGUGCGAAGGGUUAAUUUACCUGCAGUUUGGACAGGACAUCUCUAUUUUGGCCCCUAAAGCAAUUCCCAUAGCUGCUAUCAAUUUUCUUGUUUUAUACAUCAGUUAAAGCUAUUCAAUGUGAACGUGCUUGUAGCUAGAAUAUUGAAGGACCACCACACUAGACAUGAUUUACCUGUUGGCUUAGGUAUUUCAAACGGCAGCAAUAACUGGGCAGCAAGUAGUCAAAGAAGCAUCCCAUUUAUUGCGUCCAUCAUAAUGACCUCAUAAAACAGUGACGGCUCCUCUGUUAGAAUCCAAUGUCUCAACCUUUGCUAUUAUGACAUCACAAUGUUCUGUUUUUGUAUUUUUUGCCUUCCUCCUCUCCCUGUUGGUUAAUGGCCUCCGCCUAUCAGGUGGCACCGUUGUCAAACUGGGUAGCAGUGUACUUACUGGCUACUCUGUGCCACCCACUUCUCACCUCAAACUUGUUUUGUUGCCUUUUGUUUUUAGUAGAACUAGGAUUCUGUGCCCUACGGUCUUUUAAAAAAAAAAGUGUUUGAUUCAGUGUGGUUUUUUGUGAAGUCAAGAGUCUCACUGCAACAUGGAGUUUAGUCGGGUUAGUAGAUGGUAUCAUUCAACUGCAUGGGAUUCUGACUUGAUUUCAUAAAGAUCUUAUUUUUAUUUUUUUGAGGGGGGGGGUGAUUUUUCAAAUGUUCAUGUUGUGGUUUUCUGUAUCGUUUGUUGCUUUUGGCUCAGUUAUUACAAGCAUCCCCUGUUCACAUUUGCAUGCAUGCUCUUGUGAAAGUGACAAUAGGUCUUGGUACUAGUCUGGAUCAAUGGUUAAAUUUGGGAUUACCAUUUCAAUAUUUAUGACCCCCACCCCCCCAUAGCAGAUUUGUAUAUUAUAUUUACCCCCAAUAGCAGGUCCCAAUUUACAUUAUAUUUAUUGAAGUGUAAUAACUACUGAUAUGUUGAAGCACCUCAAGCGUCCGAAAAUGUCCUGUAUAGAUGCGUCAGUAACUGACGUCAUUGUGCUGUGAGGUAAUAUUACAUAAAGACGUUUCUCUGUACUUACAAACCUCAAAUUUCCUGCCAAGUUAAAUUGAGUGAAGUUAAAAUAAAGUUGUUUCUUUUCUUUUUUUGCAUCAAUGUAUUAGACUGUCCUGAAGACGUCCUUACAAGUCUGGUAUUGAAGCAUUGUGAAUAUAUGCCUGCCGUUCAAGUCAGUUUUUAGUAUGUUAGCCUGGCU